AUGUCUGGCCAGGUGUUUGCAAACGAUGCGACCGCCUCGCUCGCACAUGCAUCAGAGCCUCGCCUGGACCUGGACCUGAACCCGGAAACCCCCUCCAUCAAUGCCACGACAUGGAGUGACCCGCCCAUCAACAGCAGCAGCAGCAGCAGCAGCAGCGCACCCAUCCCCAUCGACCCUCUUCUGUUUGCUGACGAGGUCGAGGUGGACGUCGACGUCGCCCAGCAUGCCGUAGACGACGCAGAGUCCGCCUCGGACGACGCAGAAUCCUACGUCAGCGACCUUGACAUGUUUCCUGACCCCUCUGACGAUGAGGGAGACAUCGUAGCACCAGCACUCGCACCAGCACCCGCACCCGCCUCCGCAUCUACCCUCGCCGAAGCCCAAGCUCUCAUCUUCGCCGCGGCGACGGAGACGGAGACCGUGGCGGAUGACGCGGCAGACUCUGACGACGCCGACAUGACCAUCUACGCCGCCUCAGACCGGCCUUCCGUGGACGCCACUGAGGACAGCGCCACGGAUGCCGACAGCCUGAUGACGGGCACUGACAACCAAUCCAUCCUCACAAUUGAUGCUUCCUCAUCACAACAUGAUGGACGAGCCCCGUCGACGAGAACCAUCGAGACUUCGGAUCUCCAGCUCGCCUUUCAGCAGCGUUUUGGCCGCACCUAUCCAUCAAGAGACUACAUCCUGCCCAAUGACUGGGACUCUCUUCGGGGGGCAUCUCAACAGGAUGAAUGUAUCCGCCUAGCUAUCCAACACCAUCUCUGGCUUCGCACGUAUAAUUCGCGUCUUGCCAACUCUCCCAAACGUGAGCGUGCGGCGCGCGUGCUCGACUGUGGAACCGGCACAGGUCACUGGGCCUCGGAUUUCGCGGACGACCACCCAGAAGCUGUCGUCAUUGGCGUCGACCUAAGCCCUAUACAACUGACUGCUGUGCCACCCAAUCUCUGGUACGAAAUCUUCGACCUGGAGCAACCCUGGCCGUGGAGGGAGCUUUACGACUUCAUCUUCUUCCGUCACAUGAACACCGCCUUUGCCGACUGGGUCGCAAUUUUUGAAAAGGCUCUCGGUCACCUCGAGCCCGGCGGCUACAUUGAACUCCAGGACAACUCCUUCCCCAUCAUGUGCGACGACGACACCAUGGCCCCCGACAGCGCCAUCGCGCGCUGGUCCACGCUCCUGAUGGAGGCCACGGAGCUCAUGGGCCGCCCCUGCGACACCCCCUCGCGCUUCAAGCAGCUGCUCGACCUCGCCGGCUUCGAGGCCAUUGUCGAGGAGAAGACCGUCUGGCCCAUCGGGCCCUGGGACGUGGACCACCCCCGCGAAAAGGAGAUUGGCAUCUGGUGUCGCGAGAACUGCCUCGAGGCGCUCGAGGCCUCGACAAUGCACCUCUUUACGCAGUUCUUGCACUGGUCCCAGGAGGACACGCGCGAUUUUUGCGACGAGGUCGAGAGGGAGAUUCGCGGGGGCAGUGUGCAUGCUUAUUUUACCGUGUAUUGCGUCUAUGGGAGGAAGCCCUACGCCUGA